AUGGUUCAAAUACAGGGUUUCAAUGAUGAUAUAAGGGGAGAAAGAAUUCCACCGGUCAGAAUUCAUGGUGUUCCAGUAGGAUUCCGCUCUGAAUCAAACUAUGCACAAAUUGUUGAAGCAUUUGGCAGAGCAAUCGAAACUUUUGGGGCAAAUUGGGAUGUUUUCGACAUCUCAACUGGGCAAGUUUACAUCCUUACAAGGUCCAUAGAGAUUAUCAAUGGGGAAGUAGACAUAAAAUUUGAAAACAAUAUAUACAGGGUGGGAGUGGUAGAAUAUGACAGAGAUUGGAGUCUGUUUGACAACACUACAUGGAACAAGCAAUCUGAUUAUGAAAAUGAUGUUAAUGUUUAA